UAAGUCUUCUACAUCCGUACUGCACAUCUGCACCUACUAAACAGUUACCCAAGUAGGCAAUCCUGAAAGCUCGGGGAGCUGAGACACAGCCAUCAAGAGGACGUCAGCACUAUUCGAAUUCACAUGCCCACCCAAAGCCAUGAUACCUGGUUUCAGGUACUGAGUGGAGAUGAAAAAGGGCUGUGCCGCAGCAGUUAAGCUUCUUAGUGGCUUGGGGCUGCUGAACCCCGCGCUAUCUUACGGCCGUCCAGUGCUAAACCCUGCUGGACUCCAACCUUUACUACAUUGGGAGUGCUGGAAGUUGAUCUACGGAAUUGACAGCUCGAAGGAUGGGAAAAAUGUUGAAGGAAGGACAUAUAUAGGGAUUGAAAUGUCACCUCUAAUUUCUUGACAGCAAUCUCAUCGCAAUACUUGAUAUCAAUACCUUCUAAGAUCCGGAUAGAAUUGAUAGCAGAAAUCAUUCAUCAUGGGUAUCCUCGUUAAGCUCAUCGGUUCGGGCAUAGGUCUUGCUUCCGAAGCAAUAUCCCACCGAAAAGCCUCGAAAGAGGAGAAAGCCGCAGCCGCAGCAGCUGGUCUCAACUCCAACAACGGCGAAUCUAGCGCAGCAGGAGCAUCGCGAUCUCGCUCCGUACCAGAUUAUGACGAAGCUCCACCGGAAUAUGUCGAGGUGCCUGAUGAGACGGCAGAGAAGCUAAUCGCGACAGGCCAAGCCGUCCCUGUAGAUUCGAAGGAUGAGAAACACCUGUACAGAGAGGACGAGGAAGAUGUGUCCGAGGACGACGAUGAGGAGUUGUGGGAGAUGGACGAUGCCGCUGGAGCGUUGACGGAGUCGAAUACGCAAGAAGAGAAUGCUAGGAGUCCGCAGAGUCUGAAUCAGCUCACGGAUACCUUUAUGCACGAUCACCCUCCACCAAUGUACACACCUGGUACACCCUCUUUCAAGAGGAACCCAUUACCAUGCCCUGUCAUUCUGCCACAGCGCAGACCGAGAGAUAAGAAGAGGGGCUUUGUGAGAGCUUAUGCUCCGGUUCUGGAGGAUUGUGGCAUUGAUCAAGCUACGUUCUUGGAUUUCCUCAAGACGUUCCAUGCGAGUUGUAAAGAGGACCCAUGGUUGCAGGUUGUGAAUAUGGCAGCUAUGGCUGUAGGCUUCGUGCCUAAUCCUAUUGCAAUGGGUGUCACUAUCGCUGUCCAGUUUGCAGUGGGAGUGGCUAUGGAAGUACAGCGUAGAACGAGAACAAACUCUUUUCUCGACCGUAUGAACAACGAAUUCUUCAAGCCCCGCGGUCUCUACUGCCUCAUCAUGACCUACAAACCCGAAUCCACCUCCUCCCACUCCCGAGUCGACAUCACACAAACAAUCAGCUCCUCUAUGACGCCCGCAGCCAGCAAGAACCGCCAAACACUCAAGAACAUGCGUCUCUCGUCCGGCAAAACAUACGGCGAGCUCGAACUCCCCGAGGCAGCUCCCCUCAUAUUCCCAGCUCUUGAAGACCUCGCAGACGACAACUCUCAAAAUGCCGAGAAGAAGAAGUCCGCCAUGAAAUCCAGCCAGAAAUUCGUCGCGGACUAUUUCGACCGUCGCGCACAAGCAAAAUACAUCGCUGAGAACCCGAACUCGAAACUCGCUAUCUCUCCUGGCGAUGAGAAUGGACAAAAAUUCAGCAGUCGAUAUGCGGACCCGAACCAUCCUGCGAAUUCGGGCAGUCUGAUCAGUUUGUUGACGGGCGGACAUGUGAAUCCGAAGGCGAGGAAGCAGCAGAGGAGGAUUGAUAGGAGGAUGUACAAGGCGUAUAGGAGGGGAGAGGAGAUUACGCCGCAGACGGGGAAGAAGAGGGAUGGGCUUGUUAAGAAGAUUCUGAAGAAGGAUGUGUUGUAUUUGAUGAUUGUUAAUUUACCUUCGGAUGAGGAGUUGCAGGCUGCUGGUGGCUUGGCUGCUGUUGCUGCUGAGGAUCGAUAGGGGUUUGGAUAUGGUUGCAUGUUGUGGUUUCUGGGUCUUUUGAGUAGAGCGUAGUAACGAAUUGGAU